AUGUCGACAACAACACCUCGAAGUCGAAGCCCACUGACACCGGUCAGCACACGCAGUUCAUCAUCUUCGGAUCACGUAGCGAUACAAAUAUAUAGCUGCCCUUGCGAAAAAUGCGAAAUUCACCACACCAACUAUAAUAACUCCAAUGGUAGCACCAGCAGUAAUAGUCAUAACAGCAAUAAGGCUAGUGAGAGCAAUACGACGCGCUUCGAUGUUCCCUUAAUUGCUAUCCCGCGACUUUUCACGGCAUUACUAGGCCUGGCGACGGUGAUUCGAGUGCAUACAGCUAUCGAUGCCGGGUGGUGGCCGUGGGAAAAUAAAGUGUUAUUCUCGUUAUGUUGGUUAGCACUGUUUUGGAAUCUAGCACAUGGUUUGUGUAGUAUCCUAGGAUACGCGUACUGGCCAUCGCCGCGGCGUACCGUCGGCUUACCCCCAGUUACCCUCGCCGUUAACGGGAGGACUAUCGUAUCCUUCGGCGGCCCUGAUGAGGAUGAGGGCAUCCGAAGGCGUCGCGCUAAGAGGUUGCAAUUUACUAUAGUCGAUAUCCUACUCGCCGGGCCAACGCUCGGGUUUCUGAUAUACUCGGCGCAUAUCAUGUAUCCUUGGUGGGGAUCUAGGUAUGUCGGCUUAUGGCCGCCGACGAUAGGGUUGAUUGCUUCCCUCGUUUCUUCCCAAUUCCUCACCGCGUUUCUCCAGCUGUUCCAAUUCUUCGAGGCCAAGGUUGUCGGCGUGCAAUUGACGAUGCAAGACAUAUAUGAGAAGGACGACUCCGCGGGCCGAUUGCAAUUAUAG